GUGAGCGCUCGGAGUAUGCUUUCCAGCAAAGUUAGCGGUUUGAGAACUCAGCUUCAGCUUAAUGGUUGUUUUCCUGUUAAUUCAAGCGGCUAGACUACACUGACGUAACGCUGGGACUCGAUUCUGUUUUCUUCCACUCCUUUUUUUUUCCACUGUAGCUAAAGUAAACUUCCAGCUCAAAUCUGGGAGGCUGCGAGCCAAUGGAGCGCAGAUUGUAUGGAUGUAGAUGAGGCAUGCUGCUAGCAGGCUAACUAGCUACGAAGAACAGGAACAGGAAGUCCAUCUACUGACAUGGAGGGCAACGGGGAGAUCAGCGACACUGACAGCGGCAUCAUUCUUCAUUCAGGGUCUGACAGCCCAACAACCCACACAAAGGAUGUGACCACACACACACGGGCAAUAAAGAUCAAACACCAGGAGCUCCAAGAGAAGUUAGAGAUGUGCAUACAUGAGCUGAGGAAACUGUGCAUCCGAGAAGCUGAGCUGACGGGCCGGCUGUCAGAAGAUUAUCCUCUGCAGCCAGGAGAGAAGGCCCCGCAGGUUCACCGCCGCGUUGGAGCUGCGUUUAAACUUGACGAACUCAAAAUCCCUCGAGGAGCAGAGGAUUCAAAAUUGAGUUCAGUCGACGCUUCUCUAGCGCUUCAGAUGAAGAUAUAUGAAGCUGCACGGAAGCUCUGUGAAGAGGAAAACUUGAGCAAGUCUGUGAGGAAGAGCCGCCUGCAGCAGUGCAAAAGAGAGGAGAAGAAACUCAAGCAUCUACAGGAGACGGCCUUCAGCCUUCGACUGGAGCAUGGCCGAUCAUCACCACUCCCUGCCCUCAGUAUUACGCAACAAGAUCUUGGCACAUCUGAUGACAGCUCUCUAUCUGAUUCUGUUGUGCAAGAUGAAGAAGUCACAAGUCAGUCUUCACAGCCUUCUUCAGGACUCCCUUAUCCAGCAGAGACAGAUCCUCCCCAGCUGCUCCCUCUGUCCACGCAGUCUUGUGUGGAUGGCGCCUACAUUUCUCCAAGUGUGACUCCGCAGUCCCUGCAGCUGAACCUGAGUCACUCUCCCCAUCCAAGCGUUGACUUGAGCUUUACCUUGAGGCCAGAGUAUGACCUUCCUCCCAUCGAGCACUCCCCAUGGGCCGAGUCAAGUCUUGACCAGCCCUACCAGAAGAGCAAGAAGUCGCGCUCAUCUGUCAAGAUGAGCAGCCCAGCCAAACCUGAGUCUUUGCCACCUUUGGAAGCUUGUUUAGCACAGUCGGCUCUGCCUGUUCAACUUUCCCACCUAAAGCUGAGUCGCACCCAGUCAAACAGUACACCCUCCACCCCAGAGAUGCGAGUGCACAGACAGCUCUCCCUCAGGCUGUCCUCUCCUGACUCUGCAUUUGAAAAGGAGCGUGGUCGCCCCCGAGGCCCAAGGAGGCGGCUGACCGAAUACUCAAUAACUUUACCAGAGACUCCAUCUCCUACACUGAACUACAGAAGCCAUGCUAGCUCUGAGGACAGCAACUCUGAAAACUCGUUUCCUUCUUACAAUAGCUCCCCGUGUCGGGAAUUGCCCGGUGAUUUGCCCAAACAAUUUCCAUCUGCAUUCCUGCUCCCCAGCCCAGUUGGCAGCUAUGGACCUCGAGCUUUCCCGCAUGCUGGCUUUUACCGUAAUCCCCGGCAGCAGCCCAGUCCUGGUAUUCCAAAAGCCUAUUACGAUGAAGAACUGAUCUACAAUGAGAUGGAUAUGCCACGGAGCUAUUUCCCCCAGCAAGCUCCUUGUUCCUCGAAUAGAUAUGAUUAUAGGUAUAAAGACACUGCAGUACCUCACCAGAGAGUACAGAGGCCUUUUGCUCCUGAUAUUAGAAUCACCCCGCCAGCAAAUUGGGACCAUCCACACUGCCACUCUAAUGGUCUCCCACGACAAGUAGUGAACGAACAGCUAAAGUCGUGGCAGAGACGCAGUCAGCAAAGAGCACCCAGGUCUCGUUCCCUUGACAGACAGGGAGCAGUGCGGAUGAAAAACGUGUUUGUCGGAGAGUCACCCUGCUACCAAACUCAGCAGUACCGUGAGCAGGUUAUUCAGAGAGGGACUCUCCACAGAGCUGCAGAGGGUGCUCAAGGCCACUGGUUUGGAGAGGACGCCUCUCACUUUUACAGCCAAGUAUAAAGAGAAGAAACUUGGAUGCCAAACUUAACUCUGUUAAUGUAAAGGCAGCAUAUUUUCCCAUUAUACCAAAGUAAGAUAGAAAAUUGAUAUAGAGGAAUUUUUUAUUUCUAUCGGGACUUCUCAUGAAAGUUUUUGUUAUCCUGGAGUAAAAAAUUGGAGCGUCUUACAAAACAAUGUUACAUAGCACAGCACUAACUAUAGUCUCCAGGUUACCAUAAAUCAGACAUCCUCAGAAAUGUGAGUGCAGUGUUUGUUUGAUUUUCUUUGUUUUUUGGCCAUUUUAAUAUCUAUAGGUUAAGCAUUGAUCUGAAUGCCAGUGAAUUACAAUUAAUGAAGCAGCCAGCUAAAUUUAGGUCAAUCCAUUGAUUAAACCUUGCAGGUUUCUUAUCAUUCCUUCACAUCUGAAGCAAUCAAACAAAAUGAAAAAUGGAGGAAGAGAUGACAUGAGCUCCUACAAAGAAUCAGCUACUAAAAUGUGCGUAGUGUAGUCAGAUGUAAAGUUGUAUUAGAAAUGAAUCUGGGAUGAAUUGAUAAUGCCAGAUUGAUAUUGAACUACCUUAGGUACUUUAGAUCCACACUAACAUGUUUUUGUUUUAAAACACAAUGGAUGUGCGUCCUGCAUCUAUAACAUGCAGAAUUAAACAGGGUUAAAAAAAAUGCUUUAUGGUGCCUUAAAUGCAGUAAUGUGGACAUGAUGUAUAAAUGUAUUAAAAUGUGUUUUAAAACAAGAAAAUAUACGUGUUAGCAUGGCCUUAAUGUAACAUAGAUGUGGUUAUCUCUAGCUUAAAACAAACCAAAUAAUUAAUCAUUUUGAGAAAUGUACCCCCAGACAGAGAAACUAAGUUUCUGCUGUUUGCUAGUUGGAAAACUAAUAUACUCAUUUUCAUUCUACCUGUAUGAAGGAAAGGAGUCUACUGCCAAAAUAAUGUAAAUUAGCAACACAUCCUUUGUAAGUGUGUGUUUGGGUUGUGUUUUUUAUCAUGUUGCCUGAGAUUAAUUAAGUCACGGUUUUACUGAACUUGUGCUGCUUUAUUUCAAGAUCCCAGGUUUGACCUCUUUAUCACAUACUUAUGGAGGCAAAUUUGUCUCAGUGUUAUACUUGUUAUAACUGGCACAGCUACAGAAACAUUUGACUUGAACUAACAGACUUAAUCAGCUAGUUGAAACUAGACACUAACUCAUCCAUGUGGGAUGGUGGCAAAUUGAGCAGAGGCUUGAGGCUUGGCAGCUAUUAGUGUGUCAAAUUGUAAUGUUUUGAACUUCAUCCGUGCCUUUACCUGCGUCUGAGAGAGCAGCUCACUAACCUUUCUGUUAGCAGCAGUAAUAGUUUGACACUGAGGUAGACACAAACACUCCAAGCCCACCACUCUCAACCAAACAAACUUCAAAUAAUAAAUAUUUGAGAAUCAGAGUCAUGUAGAGCGAAUUCAGCUACAGAUACACACUGACUGGUCUCUCACAGUAAUCUAUUUAUCUUAAUUUAUUGUGAUUUGCACCACUGGACCUGUGAAAAGUCAGACUUGAAAUUAAAUUAAAUAUGGACCAGAGUUUGCAAAACAAAUCAGGUGUCUAGUUUACAAAAAGAAAAACAGACCACAAUCAUGUUACCCUUUGUGUCUCUUUUUUUACUGUCUUUUUUAUUUAUCAUUUACAGUAGUUUAAGUGGAGUUAUUGUGUUAUGUUGCUGUUUUAAAAAGAAAUCUGUGAAAGUGUUU